CCGCGAGCUGCCGGCCCGGGCCACCGGAGAGCCCGCGGUCCGAGCCGCCCGGAGUACCUGAUUAUCAGCUUACAACUGGAAGAACUAUCAUGGAGGUGGUGUCAGCUGAAGUGAACAGCUUACUUCCAGAGGAGAUCAUGGACACUGGUAUAACUUUAGUGGAAGAUGAUAGUAUCGAGGCUGUUAUUGUUUCAUCCCCAAUGGGAGAUUCAAUUCCCAUGGAAACGGACCUGCAAGAAAUUGUCAACAUAAAUUCAUCCAGUGAAUCUGCAACCACGGCCAUGUCUAUUACCACAGAACCAGUCACAGUGUCUAGUAACCACGCUAACAAAGUUGUUGGGAAUACCAUAGUUACAAAAACAGAUUUGAAUACUGUAAAAACAGCCUUUCCAAGUGGCCUUCAAAAACUUGGUGCCCAGACACCUGUGACUAUAUCAGCCAAUCAGAUUAUUUUAAACAGAGGAUCUCAGACAUCCGAUCUUAAACUUGGCAGUCAAACAAUUAAACCAGAUGGACAGAAGUUAAUUGUAACAACUUUGGGCAAGUCUGGCCCACCAAUUGUUUUAGCCCUACCCAAUAACCAACUGCCUCAGACUCAGAAAGCCACAUCUCAGACACAGUCAGGAGACUCUAAAGUGCAAUCUCAGCAAAUCAAAGUAGUUACUAUUGGAGGAAGGCCAGAGAUGAAACCUGUCAUUGGUGUGUCAGCGCUGACACCGGGAAGUCAGCUGAUUAAUACUGCAGCUCAGCCUUCUGUGUUACAGACUCAACAAUUAAAAACAGUGCAGAUCGCUAAGAAGACAAGAACACCAACUUCAGGUCCAGUGAUCACCAAGUUAAUCUUCGCAAAACCAAUUAAUAGUAAAGCAGUUACGGGACAGACAACUCAAGUGUCCCCAGUCAUUGCAGGGAGAGUUCUGUCACAGUCUGCUCCAGGGACUCCCCCAAAGACCAUAACAAUAUCUGAAAGUGGUGUCAUAGGGUCGACUCUUACUUCUACAGCACAGACACCAAACAAAAUAGCCAUCUCGCCUCUGAAAUCUCCCAACAAGGCAGUGAAGUCAGCUUUGCAGACCAUCACCGUGGGAGGAGUGAGUACGCCUCAGUUUAAGACUAUUAUUCCUCUGGCCACUGCCCCCAAUGUUCAGCAGAUUCAAGUGCCUGGAAGCAAGUUUCAUUAUGUUCGGCUUGUUACAGCUACCACCACGGCUGCCACCAGUAGUUCAGCACAGCCGUCCAGUCAGAAUCCCAGUUCAAACACUCAGCCUCUUCAGCAAGCAGCAAAACCGGUCGUGGUCAAUGCAGCCCCUGUUCGGAUGUCGGUUCCGAUUGUUCCAGCACAAACUGUCAAACAGGUUGUUCCCAAACCGAUCAGUACAAGCUCACAGAUAGUUACGACUAGCCAGCCCCAACAACGGCUUAUUAUGCCCGCCACACCGCUGCCUCAGAUUCAGCCGAACCUCACUAACCUCCCCCCGGGGACUGUUCUCGCGCCAGCCCCUGGGACAGGCAAUGUGGGCUAUGCCGUCCUUCCAGCCCAGUAUGUCACUCAGCUACAGCAGUCUUCAUAUGUGUCUAUAGCAAGCAACACUAGUUUUACUGGGACGUCUAGUAUACAGACCCAGGCAAGACUGCCAUUCAAUGGGAUAAUCUCAUCAGAGUCUGCAAAUCGGCCCAGAAAGCCCUGCAACUGCACAAAGUCACUCUGUUUGAAAUUAUACUGUGAUUGCUUUGCGAAUGGUGAGUUCUGCAACAACUGCAAUUGCAAUAACUGUUUUAAUAACUUGGAACAUGAAAACGAAAGGCAAAAAGCUAUAAAGGCGUGCCUUGACAGAAAUCCCGAGGCGUUUAAACCCAAGAUAGGGAAAGGAAAGGAAGGAGAGUCUGAUCGCCGUCAUAGCAAGGGGUGUAACUGUAAACGGUCAGGAUGUCUUAAGAAUUACUGUGAAUGCUAUGAGGCAAAAAUAAUGUGUUCCUCAAUAUGCAAAUGUAUUGGAUGUAAGAAUUUUGAAGAAAGCCCAGAACGAAAGACUUUGAUGCACUUGGCCGACGCAGCAGAGGUCAGAGUCCAGCAGCAGACGGCGGCGAAGACAAAGUUGUCCUCCCAGAUCUCGGACCUGCUCACUAGACCAACGCCUGCCUUGACAAGUGGAGGGGGAAAGUUACCAUUUACAUUUGUGACCAAGGAAGUAGCGGAAGCCACGUGUAACUGUCUUCUUGCCCAGGCCGAGCAGGCGGACAAGAAGGGCAAGUCGAAAGCAGCCGCUGAGCGGAUGAUACUGGAGGAGUUCGGACGGUGCUUAAUGAGAGUCAUCAACUCCGCGGGGAAGGCCAAGAGUGACCCUUGUGCCAUGAAUUGCUAAGUCUUGCACAAAAACUGAAAAAUGAACAGUGAGGAACACUUAAGACAAGGGACGCUCGGAGAUAAGAGCAUGACUGCAUUGGGAAUUCAGUGCUUGUUUUAAAAAGAGCUAGGAUUCAUAAUACUGAAAAAGAAGACAUUUUUAAUGGGGAAUUAGUUCUUUUAAAUUAGGUAAAUCUACUUAGAACUCUCUGAAUUUGAAUUUUUCUUGGGUUGUUUUGCUUUUGAAUUUAUUGGCUUAAGUUUCUUAGAAUGAGAUUGUCAUUCUGAUUCUUUUACCUGAAGAGCAUUUAUAAAUUAUCUGUUAUUUAUGGUAGAAAGCUUUGCAUUGCUUUAUUCAAGUGGAAGCUGAAGAAAUAUUGGUGAGAAACCUUUACUUGGUCAAAGGCUUGAUCUUGGAAAAUACACGUGAACUAAUUCUGGAGAAAAAUACUCAAGAAAUAUUUUGUUACAGAAAUGUCAGUGCUACCUUUUAAAAAUUAACUCUGUAGGAUGAAAAGUGGAGUAAUGCCCUGUUGCCACAUUUUAAGUGUGAGAAGGAUAAUAAUCCACAGGCACAGCUUUUAAAAUGAAUAUUAUUUUGUUUUUAAAAAGAUCUUAUAAUGUAUUAAUAAAAAUUGUAAGCUAAAUAUCCGAGGACGGGUAAUAUAUUUCUGUAUAAUGGGACUGAUUAACAAGUGCUCUGGGAUUUCUCUGGUUUCUUUUUCAAAAUGGUGGUAUAGAUUUAGAACAAGAAUAAAUGGUCAGAAAGUUUCCUAGAUAUUGAAAUGGAAAUACUAGGGACAUGAUUAAAAAGUAAACAUCAGUUAAUGUCACCAAGUAGUCAUAUUAACAUGUAUUUAUCAAGUAUAUCAUUUGUUGAGGGUUCGACAGAUCUAGAUAUCAAAGCCACGAGAGCUGGUGAAAUCUGAUCAUUUGGUUUUUUUUCUGUGGAAAGAGACCUUUUUGAAUACUGAUCUGUGAAUCUGAUUUGAUUUACAGAAGUGUGCCUCGCAACAAAGUUAUCACAAUCUUUUCUUCUUUUAAAAAACAAAUUUAAUAUGACAUGUUUUUAUCAAAGAUGUUAUAGUGCAUUGGUAAAGAAUCGGAAUUAUCCAAACCAAAUCGAUCAUUGGGAGAUGGUAGUGUGAUGCUUGAAGGUCUGAUUUUUUUCAUAGAAUUACUAAAAACAUGAAAAUCAUUUUCUGUAACUCAAAAACCUUUUUUAUUUAAGGAUCUGAUUCAGUAGAACUCUUAGGUUUUAUGAAAAAGAAAUAACCAUGUUGGAAUUCAGCCAUUUUUUUUUAGAUAAUUUACCUUUCUCGGUAAUUAUUACAUGUACAUGAUUGUUCUAUUUCCCACAAUGGAAUUUGUAGCAUGUGUAAAGUGCAUACAUGUGUGUGAGCAUGUCCACUCAACAGGUAGAAGAUAGACAUUAAAUAAUCCUUAAGGGGAAAAUCCGUUAUUCAUUAAAGUAUCUUCUUUUUCUUAUUUGGACUUUCAGAGUAACAGUGCAGUAACUUUAAAUGUAGAUAGUACAGCUAUUCUUAGCACAUCGAACUAGUAUGUUCAAUUAAAAUUUGUAUAAAUGUAAAUUAGUGUAAGUGGAUAAAAUAAUACCUAAUCAAGUUAUUUUUUAAAAGAUUACAGUAAUUUUUUGUCUACAACUAAACUUCUGUGUUCAUUUUGUACAUAUUCUGUGUUUAAUUCUAAUUGCACCUUUGUGAUGUGUAUUUAUAUAUACUGUAUGCAGAAAAUGUUUGUGAAAUUUGGUUUAUAAUUGUAGAUUAUGUAUGAUGGCACUGUUAAGAAUGUUUUUCUUCUAAAGAGUUGAAGGUGCAAUCAAUUGCUUUUAGUUUCUCUGGUUUUUCAACAAGCUAUCAAAAGUAUUAAGAUUUUUUUUCCUCCCCAUAUAGUACUUCCUAAAUGUUUUCCUUUUGUAUUUAGCCAUUUGCAUCAAAUCGCUCAACAAGAUUAAUAAUCACAUUCAUUCAAUUAUUUUAAAAGAAUAUUUGGGGUGGGCUGGGUAUAUCAUUUUCUAGUUCUAUUUACAUCCAAAAGUAGAAAAGAAUAAAUUUAUAUUUACUAGAGCUAUUCAGAAAAUACACUUUUCUAUAUUGUAAAAACAAAGC